GCUGCGCAGCUAACAGUUGGUAUCUUUGCGAAUAUCACCGUGUGUUUUGUUCUCCUGUAUUUUCAUUUUAUUUUGGAUUUCCCAUCAUCGGUGAUUGCGAAACGCCUGCUCGCUCCGUCUUUCAGGUGGAAUCCACUACAACUGCUGAAGAAUCAGCUUGUGCAUACCACCAAAACAAAGAAGGAAGAAGUGCAGACACAGUCCAGUGCAGAUAGCCGCACUACUACGACGACCAUUAUUCCUUGCUUCUACGAACUCCUCCUUCACCAUCAUGUCUAAGGCACUCCCACCCAUCCAAGACAGCCGUCGCCGCCAGAACAGCCGGGAGCUGGCCCACUCCUACUCCCACGAUGAGGCCGUCUGCUCCUACGCCUCCUCCGAGAGGGCUCAGUCCCCGGGGCGCAACGGUGCGUCGGAUGGGCACUACUCCGGGCUGUACACCACGUUUCCACGCAUACCGCAGAUGGAGUUCUCGCUUGGCCCCAUCAAGGAGCGCACUAUCCCGCCGUACAACGACCUCGACGACCCGCACCUGGUGCCGUACUGGGCACGUAAGGAAAUGCUGAUCCACGAGCGGGCCCGUCAACGCCGCCAUGAGCGUCAUCAGCUGAAGAAGGAAGAGCAGCAACGAGAGGCUGCACGCCGCCGCUUCCUGCGUCGCCGGCAGGAGGAGCGGAAGGAGAUGUCGGCUCGCAAAGGAUACCAGACCCUGGAGAAGGAGAGGGAAAAGGAGGAGGAGCGUCAGGAGCAGAUGAAGCAGGCAUCGCGCAACAACUCAAAGGAGAAGUCGCGCCGUGUGCCAACCAAGCCCGCGGCCGCACGCGAGCACGGCUCGGCCGCCGGUCGGGCACGUCAGCAUGAGCAGGCGGCCGCUGGCACCACGGACGGAGCAGCAGCGGCCCGCCACGACUCGGACGCCCACCCGGGGGAGGGCGUGGAGGGCCGUGACGACGCACCGGCGGAUCAGCGCGGGGCCUACGAGACGAGCUCCUCGUCCGCCGCAACCAGUCGCAGCCACUCUGCCGCCUCGUCACACCACGGCGAUCACGCGGCGCACGAUGAUGAGAAGCGCAGCGAUCACGAACGCGACGAUGCGGAGGCGGAGGAGGCGGAGGAGGCGGAAAAGGAGGAGGAGCGCGGCAUCGUGGAGACCGUCGUCGACGCGGUCAAAAACCUCAGCGACCACCACGGCGACAAGGACGGCGAGCGGGAGGAGUUGGACGACGCUGCGGAGGAAGACGAACACGCACCGGCAAAGGACGAUGAGGCGAAGGAAGAGAAGGCAAAGGAGAAGAAGGCGCCGAGCUCCUCGGCCUCCGCCGCCUCCACGCCGUCUGCGCAGUCGCAGCACAGCGCCCACGACGACGAGGAGGAGGACGCCGUCGCACCGGCGCACGCAGCGGAGGCGCAGAAGCCGGUACACGCCUACGACGAUGACGCCUUCGAGGAUGAACUCUCCUCAAAGCACAGCCACUCGCGCUCGCAUUCCGCCACCUCCUCGCGGUCCUCGGCCGCCGCCGCUCACCUUCACGCUGAGUCGGAAGAAGCAGAGAAGCCGGCCGAGGGCGAUCACCCGUACGACGACGAGUUCGAGGAGAACUCCACGGCAGCCUCGCAGCACGCAGAGCGCAUCACGGCCACCGCGGAAGAGAAGGAGGAGGAAAAGGAGGAGAAGGCCGCAGCGGACCCGUACGCGGCUGACGCCUUCGACGACGAACUCUCCUCGAAGCACUCCUCCAAGAAGUCCUCUCUGAAGUCCUCCGCGAAGGAAGAGGAGGCCAUGUACCCUGAAAAGGAGGACGCCACCGAUGCCCCCGCUUUGGUGAAGUUGGAAGCAAUCGAGGCUGAGGCACCGACGGUCGUGCACGCCGCCGCGGAAGAGGAACAUGAAAAUCGCGCUGCCGAGGACGCCUACGGGGACGGCGACUUUGAAAAGGAGGAAGACGACGAUAAUGACAAGUACGCAGAGCUGGACGAGCCGAAGACGCACGAAGAGCCGGACGCCCCGGAGGAGCACGCAGAACAGGACGAGUCGGACAAGUAUGCGGAGCUCGAUGUGCCGGAGGAGCACGCAGAGCUGGACGAGCCGAAGACGCGCGAAGAGCCGGACGCCCCGGAGGAGCACGCAGAACAGGACGAGUCGGACAAGUAUGCGGAGCUCGAUGUGCCGGAGGAGCACGCAGAGCUGGACGAGCCGAAGACGCGCGAAGAGCCGGACGCCUAUGGGGACGGCGACUUUGAAAAGGAGGAAGACGACGAUAAUGACAAGUACGCAGAGCUGGACGAGCCGAAGACGCACGAAGAGCCGGACGCCCCGGAGGAGCACGCAGAACAGGACGAGUCGGACAAGUAUGCGGAGCUCGAUGUGCCGGAGGAGCACGCAGAGCUGGACGAGCCGAAGACGCGCGAAGAGCCGGACGCCCCGGAGGAGCACGCAGAACAGGACGAGUCGGACAAGUAUGCGGAGCUCGAUGUGCCGGAGGAGCACGUGGCGAAAGUCGAAACGGUCGCCUAUGAAGAUGAGGUCUUCGAAGACGAGCUGUCCUCGAAGAAGUCUUCGAAGAAGCCCUCGCCGGUGCCUUCGUCAGCCUCCUCUGCGGACUCGUACAUCGCAGAGAAGACACCGGUCCCGGCUGUGACAGCGCCGAAAGAAGAAGUCGCCGCGGAUGCGUACGCCGACGACGACUUCGAGGAGGAGCUGUCGCCGUCGAAGGCGGAGGCGGAGGCGCAGAAGAAAGUCCCGGCAGCUGCGUUGUCCUCCAGCGCGUCAUCGGCUGUUUCCUCCGCCGCCUCCACGCCGACGGCAGCGGCAGCCCCGCCGAAGCCUAGCGCGGUGGUGGAGGAAAAGGUCGACGAUGACGACUACAAGGACGACUUCGACGAGAUGUAA